ACUAUUCACAGUAUACAUGCAGCAUACAGCAAUAUAGUAGGAGUUGUGUGGUGGUAUGCCAUUCUGAACACAGCUUCUGUACUGAUUUCAGUGCGCUUGAGUUAUAUUUAUCAGAUUCUGGUAAAUAAAGUAGGUUAUCCGAGUAUUUGAUGCAUACAGAAUGCACACUAUGUACAGAAUACAGACUGGAUACUGCAGAAACAGUACGAGUAUGAGAGUAUGGCAUUUCGAACACAGAAUAGGAGUACAUCGAUCUAGUAAGGGUGGGGAGUCACGUGUUUGAUUGCCGUUCCAGUGCACUUUCACGUGUAGAAGGUUGGAAAAACACGGCUUUUGUGUUGUCUGGAACGCGGCAUUAUUUGCAAUAUUUUCUGAUCAAUUACUUUUCCUUGAGAACGCUGAACAUGUUUCAACAUUUGAUUGUUUAUCUCUUCGCAGUUUCACAGCUUGUGAGUCUCACAGGUGCAGAAGAUGAAUGUCCUCUUCAGCUCAACCCACAGAGAGUUGUUGUGAGAUACGGCGGUUCUGUUGAAGUUAACUGUAACACUUCAGUCGCUAAUAAAGGGAUGGGAUGGGAAGCCAGUGAGGGAGGAAUGCCUAUGACCAAAAACCAGAGUCUGAUCACAUGGAGAGUGUCAGAACUGACAGAAUGGGACAUAAAGCCAGUCUGCUACAUAAAUCCAAACAAAGGUGCACAGUGUCAAGUAAAGCUCCCGGUCACCGUUUACAAGACUCCAGACAGUGUGUCCAUCAGCACUGUGAAUCACACAGAACCAAUGAAAGAGGGACAGCAGUAUGAGCUCCAGUGUGACGUUCAUGAUGUGGCUCCUGUUCAGUAUCUCACUGUCAAAUGGUACAAAGGAAAGACUCUGAUGAAUGAAACCACCUUCACUGACACUGACAAGACCCCAGAUAAUAAAACUGUCACACUCCUGAUCCGUCCAGACAGAGCUGAUGAUGGAGCUCAAUACAGGUGUGAAGCAGAGCUGGAUCUGGGAGCAGAAGGACCUCAACCUCCUCCUACAUAUUCAUCAGAACCUCUUAAUGUCGAAGUAUACUAUAAACCACAGCACUCCAGUUCAACAGAGACCAUCAUUAAAGAUGAUAAGGUCAUGCUAGAUUGUACAGUGAAGGCAAACCCGGCUCCUGACUACACAUGGUCAUCAGAUCAUCUGAAAGAGAAGAUCAGCUCCUCAGUGAUCAAGUCCUCAGCACUCAGUCCAGGAAAAUAUACAUGCACCACCUCAAACUCCCUGGGAAGAGACAGCAAAGUGUUCAUCCUAAAAUCUACAGGUGCACAAGAUGAAUGUCCUCUUCAGCUCAACCCACAGAGAGUUGUUGUGAGAUACGGCGGUUCUGUUGCAGUUACCUGUAACACUUCAGUCGCACAUAAAGGGAUAGGAUGGGAAGCCAGUGAGAGACUAGUGCCUAUGACCAGAAACCAGAGUCUGAUCACAUGGAGAGUGUCAGAACUGACAGAAUGGGACAUAAAUCCAUACUGCUACAUAAAUCCAAACAAAGGUGCACAGUGUCAAAUAGAGCUCCCAGUCACUGUUUACAAGACUCCAGACAGUGUGUCCAUCAGCACUGUGAUUCACACAGAACCAAUGAAAGAGGGACAGCAGUAUGAGCUCCAGUGUGACGUUCAUGGUGUGGCUCCUGUUCAGUAUCUCACUGUCAAAUGGUACAAAAAUCAGACUCUGCUGAAUCAAACUACCUUCAGUGACACCAUCGAGACUCCAGUAAAUAAAACUGUCACACUCCUGAUCCGUCCAGACAGAGCUGAUGAUGGAGCUCAAUACAGGUGUGAAGCAGAGCUGGAUCUGGGAGCAGAAGGACCUCAACCUCCUCCUAAAAUAAAUUCAACAGAACCUCUUAAUGUUGAAGUAUACUAUAAACCACGACACUCCAGUUCAACAGAGACCAUCAUUAAAGAUGAUAAGGUCAUGCUAGAUUGUACAGUGAAGGCAAACCCGGCUCCUGACUACACAUGGUCAUCAGAUCAUCUGAACUUGAACAUCAGUUCCUCAGUGAUCAAGUCCUCAGCACUCAGUCCAGGAAAAUACACGUGCAACGCCACAAACACUCAGGGAAGUGACAUCAAAGUGUUCAUCGUCAAAUCUACAGGUACUCGUCACACAUUCUGGACUGUUCUUAUUGUCUUCCUCUUGCUGGUUACAUUGAUUGUUAUCAUCUUGUUUUGUUUUUUUUCUUCUUUUUUAAUGAAAUGUUGUGACAUUAACACCCUGAAGUAGUAAGAGUUAAGUGUUAUGUUUUUUUUUUAGACCUUAUACUCAUAUACCCUUAUACCCUAACUGCUAGGCUGUAGGGGGUCACUUUUAACCCAGAAAAAUAACAGUGUAACAAAUUACAUGACUACAUGCCUGGGCAAAAUCAUUAUAUGAAAGCUAUAGACCUUUUGUUGUGGUAUUAUUUAGGGUAGUAUUUCAGGACAAGAAUGAAAAUGAGGCUAUGAGAGACUGAAGUACAGUGCAUUCAACCAAUUGUUCAGCUGAUAAGAAUUCUUCCUGAAAAAAAUUUCUGUAGACAAAAACUCCAUAAAAAAGUUUGUAAAUUAAAAAAGACACCAUUAUAUGCCAGGACUGCAAAUCUAUCCCUCAUUUCCAUCCACGUCAAAUCCAAUAUGGCAUCUAACCUGGUGUCUUUGGUCAGUAGAUGGCUGGAGUUUUCUAUGUAGUGUGUACUGCUGUGUAACUAUUCAUCAUUUUAGCCAGAAGUUUUUCCAGUAAUGUGUACAGUCAUAACUCACUAAUUUCUCACUCUCUGUUUGUACAAGGGUAGGUGGGUUGGUAGAUGUGAAUCUUUUGCACGCUGGAUGUUUAUUGUCUGACUUCUUAAUUUCUCUGUGUGUUUAUUUAACAUUGUAGUUAUUUGAUAUAUAGUUUUUAUUCAUCAUAUAUUAAAAAGCUUGUCACUAUUA